UAAUAUUCUAAACCCACUACUAGUCGGUCGCCCCCUUUCUGUCACUCCCCCUGUUUUCCUUCUCACAUACUACACUGCCCGAAUACAUCCAGACCUCCAGACCUACCUUCCCCUCAUCUCCCAUGGCUCUCCGAUCCCUAAUGACCAGAAAAGCCACCCUAGGUCUCGGCCUUCGCGGUCUUCAGACCUUCUCUCUUCCUGAUCUUCCCUACGAUUAUGGUGCCCUCGAACCCGCCAUCAGCGGCGAGAUCAUGCAGCUCCACCAUCACAAGCACCACCAGGCUUACAUUACCAACUACAACAAGGCUCUCGAACAGCUCGAGGGGGCUCUGGCCAAGGGCGACACCACCUCCAUAGUCAAAUUGCAGAGCGCCAUCAAGUUCAAUGGCGGAGGCCAUAUCAACCACUCGAUUUUCUGGAAGAAUCUCACUCCCGUGCGUGAAGGGGGUGGUGAGCCCCCACACAGUUCCCUAGGUUGGGCUAUUGACACUAAUUUUGGUUCACUGGAGGCGCUUGUGCAAAAAAUCAAUUCAGAAGGUGCUGCUUUACAGGGCUCUGGAUGGGUGUGGUUUGGUCUGGACAAGGAGUCAAAGAAGCUUGUGGUUGAAACCACUGCAAAUCAGGACCCACUGGUAACUAAAGGACAACAUUUAGUUCCAUUGCUUGGUAUAGAUGUUUGGGAGCAUGCGUACUACUUGCAGUACAAGAAUGUCAGACCAGAUUAUCUAAAGAACAUAUGGAAAGUUAUUAAUUGGAAGUAUGCCAGCGAAGUUUAUGAUAAAGAAUCCAAGUGAGGUGAAUGAGAAGAUGGGCUUCCAGAGAGAUUGUCUUUGAAUUGGCCUGGUUAAUGGAAUAAAUGUAAUGUUGCAACUGUGAGGGACGGACCCUUAUUUCUCUUGGGGGUGUUUGAUUACCGGUGCAUGUCAUGUAUGAAAAUCAAAUUGAGUUUGAGCUAUAUGCUCUUUGUAGCUUUAUGCUUAAUCCAAAAGAUUGAAAUUUGCGCUGUUA